UUAAGUUCCCCAUAAUGCAAUGCGCUUCUGUCAUGGCCGCUCACUGAUGACACUUGAAGCACAUGGGCAGAAAUUAAACGCAUCGCAUCAAGAACUGAAUGACAGCGGAGCUCACGAGCCCUUUACGUUUCACAUUUAAACCCGGAGCUGCUGCUGAGCGACGUAACGCCCUUUGUAUCUAAAUUUUAACGGAGAAUUCAUGAUGGUGAUGAUGCUGGAGCUGGAAGCUGCUGUUUUGGGCGGACUGAGUCCGGACUGGAAACAGAGCGGCAUCAGCACCACAGAUGGAGGGCCGUUGCUGCAGCUGGUAUUUGAGGGAGAUUUUAAAGCUGUGCUCUUCAGCUCUGCAGUGCAGGGGCUCCUGGGAGGUCCACCUGAAGAGGGCGACAGUAUUGAGGCCUGGCUGGAGAGACAGGUGAUCUCUUAUUUGAGCAACGGUACUGAAGAUGAAAGGAAUGACAGAGAAAUUGUUUUGCUGGCCUUGGCUGUCGCUUGUCUGAACCUUUUCGCCCAGAGUAAUUGGACCGGGCCGCCAGUUGAGCUCCAGAUCUCUGACUUCCUGCCUGAGGCCUUACUCCAAAACUUUUCACAGCCUGCGGCACUGAGCACAGCUGUGUUGUCCAGUCUUCAGUUGGAUGGAGAGUCUGUCUACAGUCUGGUGUCCAACCCUCUUCUUCUUCUGCUGACCAGAGUCAUACUUGUCAACUGUGGAGCAAAACUGGAGAGCCUUCAGUUGAUGCCCUGGUGGACUUUAAGAUAUGUCGCUCUACAUCAGCAGAUACUAGAGGAAAGAUCUCCAGAGCUCCUGAACCUGGCGCUCAGCUGCAUAGAGAGAGUGUGCAAAUGCGAGGAGUUGUUUAACAACAUCACGCAAAGGAAUCUGGCCAUUCAGUUACACCUGGAGUGCAGUUACACCUGCCUGACCUACUAUGAGUACCGCAGGGCCAAACAACACUUACAGAUGGCCCAAAAUCUAACGGGACUGGACGUUAACAUGACAGGUGCACUAGGAAAAAGAACGCGUUUUCAAGAGAACUUUCUUGCACAGCUCAUUUUGGAUGUGAAACGAAAGGAAGAUUCACCCGUUUGUAAAUCCCAGAGCCCCUCACUUUCACCCACACCCAAAGAAGACUUACCAAAGGACCAUCAGCUGAGUGAUGAUACAGUCCUGAACCAGAUUAACCUAGCGGACCCUUCAGAACAUGAACUCCCAGAUCUCAGCGCAGAAGAACAGGCCCUUAUACUGGCAGUAUGCAUAGACUUUCAGAAGAACAAUCCUGUUCACAAACUAAAUGAUGAGGAACUCCUCGCCUUCACAACGUGUUUGCUGUCUCAACCGAAGUUCUGGGCGGUGGAAGUGACGUCGUUGUGCUUGAGGACUAAACUGGAGAGAAGAAGCUCACGAAGAGUUGAACGUGCCAUGAUGCAAACACAGGCGCUGGUGGAUUUCUUCAGUGAGAAGAAUUGUGACGUGACUGAAAGACUGAAGAUGUUUUACACCUGCAGGGCUCCGCCUCUUUGGGAUCUUCAGAGACAGUUGGCGAGUCUGUUGACUGAUUUGGGUCUGACGAGUUCUGCACUGCUGAUCUACGAGCGGCUGGAGCUGUGGGAGGACGCGGUCAUCUGUCUGGAGAGGAUGGGCCAACACGGCAAGGCAGAGGAGAUUUUGAGGCGGGAACUGGAGAAAAAGGAGACACCGUCUCUCUAUUGUCUGUUAGGAGAUGUGCUGAAGGAUCCCAACUAUUACGACACAGCUUGGGAGCUCUCCAAACACCGCAGUGCACGCGCCCAAAGGUCCAAAGCUUUACAUCAUCUACGAAACAAAGAGUUCCAGCAGUGUGUGGACUGUUUCGAAAGAUCCCUUAAAAUCAACUCCAUGCAGCUGGGCGUGUGGUUCUCCCUGGGUUGUGCUUAUUUUGCUCUGGAAGGGUACGAAGGGGCCGCCAGAGCUUUUCAGAGGUGCGUCGGGCUGGAGCCAGAUAAUUCAGAAGCAUGGAACAAUCUCUCCACAGCGUACAUUAAACUGAGAAUGAAGUGAGUACACGUUCACACAAUUAAAAUUUAUUCCAAAUAAACAACUGAACAGAAAAUCAGCUUAG